UGUCCCAUUCCAUCUCUACCCCUGCUAAUUAUCCCGAAACACAGCUCUCAGACGGGCCGAAUGGAAUAAGAGGCUCCCGGACGUUCAAUGGCAGCAAGACGGGCUGUUUCCCCUGCGCCUCAGCCCUGGCCGCAUCGUGGGAUGUCAAUCUCUUGCGCGAAAUUGGCAGUGAGAUGGGCCGACAGGCCAAAGCCAAAGGCGUUCACCUCGUGCUAGCACCCACAGUCAAUAUCCAUCGUUCUCCGCUUGGUGGGCGAAACUUCGAGGCCUUUUCAGAAGAUCCCUUGCUGUCGGGUUACCUGGCCUCCAAUCUAAUCUCUGGAAUGCAAGAACAGGGCGUCGGCGCAACUGUCAAGCAUUUUGUGUGUAAUGAUGUCGAAACCGAUCGUACCAAAGUGGAUGUCAUAGUGCAGGAGAGAGCGCUGCGAGAAAUUUAUCUGAAGCCGUUUGAGAUCGUCAUCCGCGAGGCUAAGCCAUGGGCUGUCAUGGCCUCGUACAACAAGGUCAACGGGCUUCACGUCAGCGAAAGCAAGCACCUCCUCGACGACAUACUCCGGAAGGAAUGGGGCUUUGAUGGUGUAAUCAUUUCGGACUGGUGGGGAUCGUAUUCGACCUCGGAAUCUCUGAAUGCAACGCUCGAUAUUGAGAUGCCUGGCGAGCCCAUCUGGAGGGGAGCGAGUCGCAUCACACGCGCUGUCGGAUGCGGCAAGGUCAGUGAAGAGACGGUACGCGCAAGUGCAAAGCGUGUCCUGGACCUCGUCAACAGGGCAAUCGAGUCCGGCACCCCAGAGAAUGCCCCCCAAGAGGAAGCCGACUCUCCCGCCUAUCGGGAGCUGAACAGGAGAGCAGCGGCCUCUUCCGUGGUGCUGCUCAAGAAUGAGAAGAGUAUCCUGCCUCUGCAGUUGAGUAACCGACCCAGGAUCGCCGUCAUCGGACCAAAUGCCAUCAAAAACGUGUCCAGCGGUGGGGGGUCUGCGAGUGUGAAUGCAUAUCACUACGUCUCCGCUCUUGACGGGAUCAAGGCCGGGGUCGCGAGUAACGCUUCAGUAUCGUUUGCGCACGGAUGCUACUCGGAUGAAAUGCUGCCCCUGAUGAAGACAGUCACUGUGUCCGGAGCUGAGGGACUCGACAUUGAUCUAUUCCCCCACCCCUUUGACUUUGACGCCCAACCACUCCCCUCUCCUGCAGCCACGGUCACCAGUGAGACCUCGAGAAUGUUCUUCUUCGACUGCCUGCCUCCGGUGGCGCUCCCAAUUACGUGGGCGCUUUGCGAAGGCAUCUUUGAGCCCAAGGUGACUGGCGAAUAUGACUUUGGAGUCGCAACCACCGGUCGAGCAAAGCUGUUUGUUGAGGGUCAGCUGGUUGUGGACAACUGGUCAGAGCAAAAGGCGUCACGCGCCUUCUUUGGAAUGGGAACCCCCGAGGUAAAAGGGCGGAUGGCAAUGACCGGCGGUCAGCGGUACAAAGUGUCUAUCCAGUAUUCGUGCAUCAGCGCAUUGCCCGAUCGCAAGCCAGGGCACCUGGGAGGAGGCAUUCUGCGUAUUGGUGCUCGGCUGGCUGUCGACAAGGCAGACCUUCUCGCAGAAGCGGUGCAGCUGGCUUCAGCCGCGGACGUAGUCAUCCUUUGUCUGGGGACAGACUCGGAGAGAGAGUCAGAAGGCUUCGACCGGACAACAAUGAGUCUGCCCGAAGAACAAGACGAGCUGGCCAAUGCUGUGCUGGAAGCAUCGGAUCAAGUGGUUGUCGUCAACUUUUCUGGGAGUCCGGUUGCGAUGCCAUGGGCGCCAAAGGCAACAACCAUUGUCCAGGCCUGGUUUCUCGGAAGCGAACUCGGAAACGGGUUAGUUGACAUCCUGCUGGGCAAUGUCAACCCCAGUGGGAAGCUUCCAGUUUCGUUCCCAGUCACCCUAGAGCAGAAUCCUUCCUAUGCCAAUUUCCCCGGCCAGAAUGCAGUCAUCCGGUAUGAAGAGGGGCUGUUUGUUGGGUACCGGCACUAUACUACGCAGGGGAUGCUGGCUCUUUUCCCCUUUGGCCAUGGGCUCUCAUACACCACGUUCGAGUAUCGUGACCUGGUCGUCUCUAGUCAAAGGUUUACGCCUCAGAAGACCAGCAUUGUCUUCACCAUCGUGAAUUCCGGUGCCUUGCCAGGGGAUGCGGUGGUGCAGUUAUAUAUCUCCCCCAUUUCGUCGACAGUGGUCCGCCCCGUGAGCGAGUUGAAGGGCUUCUUGAAGCUCCAUAAUCUUCUACCCGGCGAAGCACGGUCUAGCGAGCUGUCACUCCAGCCUGAGCACCUUGCCUACUGGGAUGAUAGCCACCACUCGUGGGUAAUUGAGAGCGGCCGCUACAGACUCUCGCUAGGCCAUUCCAGCGUCAGCAUGGCGAUUGAGACAGAGAUCCUAGUGGAGGAGCGAGUCGAGUUGCGUGGCAACAGCCUUGACAUGCUCUCCGAUAUCCGGCCAAGAUACUAGGUAGCUCUGUAUUGGUAAAGCCAACAGUUAUUAGAAAAUACCCCACAUUAUGUACUCGGCGUGCCCAAAAUGAAUUAUCACAAGCCGACUCCAUAUUCACCAUCCCGCAUAAACCAUAUAUUAAAAAAAAGGAUGAAAGGAUAACUAUUACCCCGGCGAUGCAACCUUUACGUCACUGGGACCCAAGUAGUGCUGACAGAGGGCGACUGGGAGGUGGUUUAUCGCAUCACUUUGGUCCAGAGUGGCCAUGACCAUUGAGAUACACUGCUCUGCUCCAUGCAAGUUGAAAGCCAGAGUUUCCCG